AUGCCUGAGGAAAGAAAAGAUGAAACAAGCGCCAGUAAUGCCGGCGAAGAAGAAGGAGAAGAGGAGAUUCCAACGGAUAUAAUGCCACUCUUCUUCACGAGCAAAACCCAAGAGAUAUUUGGGUGCAAGGGAGACGAAGAUGUCACCGAGGAAAAUCCCUACAAGUUGAUCCCUAAAGAAGCGGUAUUUCAGGAUUUUAAAGACCGAGCAGCUGUCUCAGAUUUCCAUCCAGCGAAACAAAUCGUCUUGGUAGGUUUGCAGUUUCUUGGAGCACAUAAGCUUAAGCUCAAGUUAACUACUUUUUGCAUGUCACUGGCUAUAAGUUUUAAUUUAUGUAGGAUUACCCAGGCGACGAACUUCUUGUGGUGUAUGAUCCUGUGUUCAAGUAUGGUCAGAAUUUUUACCUGGUUCUUACGGAGGAAGCUAAGGAAAGAAUCCUAAAUGUAAGUGACCAAUACAAUUUAAACACUGGUUUACACGUAUGUUCUUCCUUUGUUGCAGACCCAAAGACUUACGACAGAUGCAGUUCAUGCUGUUCAGUUGUUGCUUUCAUUUACUGCGAGCGACAAGAGGAGCCCGCAAUUGUAAUCUCCAGGCCCUGGUUGUUCAAAUGUUGAAUAGUGCUAUCCACCAGUGGAUAGUGCAAUUGGUUUCCCUAAUAUUUAUCUGCUGGAUAGUGAUUCAUCCAGUGGGUAGCACUAUCCAAUGUUUGAACAACCAGGGCCAGCAUGUAUGUAGCCAGCAUUCGUUCGGACUUCCACUAAGAAUGUAUGGAAUGCACAGAACGCAAUUUGAUCAUGUAUGCUUAGACCAUCCUCGGGGACCCAGGGGCAGUCAGUCGUGCCGGGUUAAAAGGCACGACAAAAGUUUUCAAGCAUGGGCGGAAGAGCCCCUGGGUACUGACUCUCACCAGACCAUUUCAAAAUGGUCAAGAGAAUGCUGGUUCCUGAUUGGGCACAAAAAAUGCUUUGUAUUAUUGUGCCCAAUUGGCAAACAGUUUCUCCUGAGUUCUUCUUGUGACUUCGUACACGACGGCUAAUAUAUCUCCCCACAGUUGCCCGGUUCGUUCACCAAGCUUUCCUAACCAGCAAGGAAGGAACUACCAAUGAGUCGACAAACGUUUCAGAUGCUAUCAGUAGGAGCAAUUCAAUUUGCACUGAGAAAAUUCUGUUUCUGACGGAUCACAAUGUAUCGUAAAAAUAAUAGGAAGUUUAAGAUAAAACGCCGACGAGAAAGUAAAAAAAGCAAUAGCCUUACAAGGCAAAACAACAACUUUGCAUGUGCAUCACACUUUUUUGUGUACUUCUUUGCUGUCACUGCACGACCACGUGAAAAUGGCUAAUUUCAUGUUUUGCGAAGGACGUAAACAAGCAGUGACAAAAUUUUCUUUCUCUUUAUGAACUUGGAUAUGGUUGAGAGAAAUUCAGCUCCAGAAGAGUUAGCUUGCAUUUGACAAAGUAAGUGAGUUGGAAUAAUCUCGAUAGAGGCUGAAAAAAUGUGAGUUCACUCUUCAUGAGACGGUUUUCGUGGUUGACAGCUGUCGUGGCAUAUUGAACUACCUAAUAUUUACGAAGGCGUGAGCUAUGCAAGCGUGAAUACCUGUUGUAAGCUCAAGCUUGUAGUUUUAGAAAAGCGUCUUUUAGUUUUCAUGUAGACAGUGGUUGUCUUUACGCUAGGCUGUUAAGAAUAACUAAAUAAGAGCUGCUAAGUUUUACUUAACCAAAAAUGCGUGUGUGAAGGCCUAAGCAAAAUCUCAAGUAACUUUACUUUGCAUCUCAUUAAAACCAACUUAGCGAACUUGCGGUUUCCAAGCUUUGAGAAAGGCAUUUGAAGCAUGUUAAUCAAUCUUAAUUACAUUGCGUGGGAAAACCUGAAGUAAAAAAGAUAGGUUGUGUGUGAAGCUUUCUUUUACGUGAAGAAUUUAAAAUUUAGUUGUCUUGAAAUAUUUCUUAGCUUAUUUAGGCUCUAGUGUAAAGACUACCAGUAUUUUGAAAUGCAGCAUUUAUAUCAACCUGAAAGAUAAUUCCAGACUGCAUGCAUUUCUUUGGUGUGUGAGCCAGGCAAGCCGUGAUCUAGUCAAUAGCCGUCGUGUACAAACUCACGAAAAGAACUCAGAAGAUGCUGUUUGCCGAUUGGGCACAAUAAUACAAAGCAUUUUUUGUGCCCAAUCAGGAGCCAGCAUUCCCUUAACCAUUUGGAAAUGGUCCGGUGAGAGUUGGUACCCAGUGGCUUUUCCACUUGUGCUUGAAAACGUUUGUCGCGCCUUUUCUCCCAGCCUGACUGACUGCCCCUGGGUCUCCGAGGAUGGUUUGGACCUUCUAUCACUCAAAAUCUUCGACCAUCUGUCACUGUCAGACCUUCUAUAGUUGCAGCCCACACUCGGUAACCUUUGGUUAUUACUAGUUUAAUUCGUAAUUACUUUGCAUUCUAAUACCUUUUAAAUAAUAUUAUUCUGAUAAAUUUGGGUUAAAAUGAUAUCAAUCUAGUUAAGUUGAAAUCACUUUAACUUAUAAACUUUGUUCAUUUUGAUGUGAAUAGCUGAAUAACUAGGGCUAUAGGAGUCAAAAGAAAAUCACACAAGACUGGAAUCAUUUUAGUCUGAAUGUCUUUUUUACUUACACACGGUUGUGCUCUGGGGGGCAAAUGGAAAAUCAGUCCCCCCCCCCGCUAGAAAUCAUAUACUGGGCACCUUGACAGACCUCUCAAGUCUCACGGAUUUGAGGGUAAUGUCAAGGUCUCACAAUGAGGCACAAUAAUCUCACGGUAAACAGAUUCACAAGCCGAUGGUCAAUACACUUUCCUUGAAUAUUUUCAUUUUUGCAUUGUAAAAUUGAUUUUCUAGCGCUAAUUCUGUAAAAAUCCACAGUUCUAAUGCAUAUUAAUUUGUCAUAUUUGAUCGACUGGUUGACAAGACAUGGACCUCACAACCAUAUGUACCAGUUUGUCGCAUCUAGAUGAGUUUUGUCCACAUGGUCAAAAUGGCGGAAAAUGGUGAAUAUUGAUAAACAGGAAAAAAAACUAUAUUUUGAUGAACACCUGGUUUUGGUUCUUUUUAGUUCCCAAAUCUCCAGUCACUGUUUUUUUUACCUUGAUCUCCAGAUUUUAGUCUUAUGGGGGUUUCACAGGUUCAGAGCACUGGUCUCCCUUCAAUACAAAGAACACUCAUAGAGCAUUUCUGUAACACUCCUGCUUUAGAAAUGGGGUACUUUUAGUCAUGUCUCCUUAACAACUUAGUACUAGCUAGAAUAGUGCUGUGCUCACAGAGGCCUGGUUUAAUAGCAGAGGUCACCAUACUUUGUGUUUUUUUAAUCCAAUCUCAUUAGCCUCCUCAAGAGGAGCUGCAAGCUGCUGAAGGAGAAGAGGCGGAAGAAGAAGAUUUUGUUUUAACGCUUAGAAAGUUUCCUAGGACUCCACAGCCUUGGAUAUCACUGGGAAGUGAAGUGGAAGUGGAAGAUGAAAAUGUGAUAGAAAACAGACCAAAGGUUAGAAGAUUAUUGACAAUGACAUUGUCAUUGCCAUGUGUACUUGUAGCCCUAUCUAUUUAAAAAAUGAUUUCAUUGUGCUGUCAGUGCUCUGUAGUCUUAUUAAUGUCUGUCUCUCAAGAACAUGGUGACUGCUUCAUAAGCUUUUUUUGUGUGAUCUCAUUGACUACAUGUAGGUGAAGUUUAGGAUAUCAAGGAAAAGGCGUGAGUUUGGAGCUCCUGUUUUCUUAAGUGACCGUAAUGUAUCUGAUGCUAAAGAUGGCUUUGUGGAAUGCCCUUCAUUUGAUGAUGACAGUUAUGGACUUCUGAAGAAAGAGUUGGACAAAGGCAUACAGGUUUGUGAGAGCCCAAUGCAUACAUGUACUGAAUGAUUAAAGUCAGUUAGACAAAAACCUCACAGAGGCAGGGUUGUCAAAAGUAGCUGGCUGCCAGCAAAAACCGCUGCCUACUUGGUUAGUUCUGGCCGGCUAACUCUGCUUGGCAUUCCUUUACGGAUGGCAUUUUUUAAAUAAAAUAUCCCUGGACUGGCCGCUUACUCUGACAACUCAGCCAUCUACUUCAAAACUUUCUGACAACCCUGAGAGGGUUAAAAUUAUUGGACGGUGUAAUGACUAGGUAAUGUACUGUCUGCUAUUUUGUGUGAUAAAAGACUGUUGUGAGGCACCUUAAAUUUGUUUUAUUUAACUGAACCUCCCCUUUAACUUUGCAGUGCUNCCUUCAUUUGAUGAUGACAGUUAUGGACUUCUGAAGAAAGAGUUGGACAAAGGCAUACAGGUUUGUGAGAGCCCAAUGCAUACAUGUACUGAAUGAUUAAAGUCAGUUAGACAAAAACCUCACAGAGGCAGGGUUGUCAAAAGUAGCUGGCUGCCAGCAAAAACCGCUGCCUACUUGGUUAGUUCUGGCCGGCUAACUCUGCUUGGCAUUCCUUUACGGAUGGCAUUUUUUAAAUAAAAUAUCCCUGGACUGGCCGCUUACUCUGACAACUCAGCCAUCUACUUCAAAACUUUCUGACAACCCUGAGAGGGUUAAAAUUAUUGGACGGUGUAAUGACUAGGUAAUGUACUGUCUGCUAUUUUGUGUGAUAAAAGACUGUUGUGAGGCACCUUAAAUUUGUUUUAUUUAACUGAACCUCCCCUUUAACUUUGCAGUGCUGUCAGUUAACACAGUUUGCCAGAUUUUAUAACCUGGAAUAACUUUUCUCAAUCCUUUCUCUUUGAUAUUUAAAGUCUUUGAAUUUUCAAACAACUUAUGCUCAUUCAGCUAAAACAAUGCUCAUUCAGCUAAAACAGGGCAAUGAUUUUGUUACAAAAAGUUAUCAUGGGUUAGUCUUGGGAUUCAUCUUGUGAAAAAUCAGGAGUCCCAGUCUGCAACCAGUGAGUCCCAGUUAAAAAAACGAGUUUGAAAUUGAAAAUGCUUGGGCCUUUAAUAUGUAACCAGACAGUUAAUCUGAAGACAGACUCUAAAACUCUGUAUUACAGUUUACUGAGAUUAAAAUAAUUAUAGUCCUUGACUAUUUUAAAUCUCAACAAAAGUCUAAAAGAAAUAAUUAUACGUCGUUAAACAACAGCCAUAAAUAACUGCCAUAGAAAUAAUUAUUACACAAACAGGAUUUUUCUACAAACACACAUGUUCAGAUUGAUACAUGUAGAUUGAUCUUUGCAUCCUUAAGGACGCAUUUCAUGAAUUAUUUUGCAUUUUGGGGGAUUUUUUAUGCAUUAGGGACUGUCACAGGACGCAGAGGUAACAGAAUCACUGACAGGGUGUAGCAAAGCCAAAAAGGGGUUUUCCAUGACAUGUGAUAGGUCCCAAAUUAUCAGUGUGCUAUGUGACCGGGCCCAAAUUAGCCGCUUGAGGUGCGAUUGGACCUAGCUGGGUGGUUGGUGAUUUACCAUAUUGACAACACCUGAUGCAUCAUUUUCCUUUUAGCUUUCUGGAUUUUUGAAUAUGAUUUGUAAAUCUAACCACAGACAUCAAAAACUACAGAUUAUUCAUGACAUCAUUUUCUGGUCCUUUUAUUGUUCCUCAACCUCUGAUCUCCUGUCAAAAUUGUAUUAUGACCCAGGGAAGGUACUUGACCAAUAUUUGGGUACAGGUGAGCCGUUGAGCCCGUACGAAACUUGCAGCGCUGUACAGCGCCACAAAAUCGCUGCAAAAUAGCUGUACAGCUAAAUUACAGCUGUUCAGCAGCCUUUUAGAAGCCAAACAGCAGCUUCAUUCAAGUUGCAGCGGGAUGCAAAUAGUGCAAUUGGUUUCCCUAAUAUUUAUCUGCUGGAUAGUGAUUCAUCCAGUGGGUAGCACUAUCCAAUGUUUGAACAACCAGGGCCAGCAUGUAUGUAGCCAGCAUUCGUUCGGACUUCCACUAAGAAUUCAUGGAAUGCGCAGGACACAAUUUGAUCAUGCAUGUUUAGACCAUCCUCGGGGACCCAGGGGCAGUCAGUCGUGCUGGGUUAAAAGGCGCGACAAAAGUUUUCAAGCAUGCGCGGAAGAGCCCCUGGGUACUGACUCUCACCGGACCAUUUCCAAACGGUCAAGAGAAUGCUGGUUCCUGAUUGGGCACAAAAAAUGCUUUGUAUUAUUGUGCCCAAUCAGCGAACAGUUUCUCCUGAGUUCUUUUUGUGAGUUCGUACACUUUAGCCUGAAUGUCUUUGUUACUUACACACGGUUGUGCUCUGGCGGUGCUUGGUUGCCUCUGGUAUCUUAACUAUGUUCCCAGGCAACUGGAAAAUCAGUCCCCCUCCCCCCUAGAAAUCAUAUACGGGGCACCUUGACAGACCUCUCAAGCCUCAUGGAUUUGAGGGUAAUCUUAAGGUCUCACGAUAAGGCACAAAAAUCUCACGGUAAACAGAUUCACAAGCCGAUGGAAUACACUUUCCUUGAAUAUUUUCAUUUUUGCCUUGUAAAAUUGAUUUUCUAGCACUAAUUCUGUGAAAAUCCACAGUUCUAAUGCAUAUUAAUUUGUCAUAUUUGAUCAACUGGUUGACAAGACAUGGACCUCACAACCAUAUGUACCAGUUUGUCGCAUCUAGAUGCGUUUCAUCCACAUGGUCAAAAUGGCGGAAAGUGGUGAAUAUUGAUAAACAGGAAAAAAAACUAUUUUUUGAUGAACACCUGGUUUUGGUUCUUUUUAUUUCCCAAAUCUCCAGUCACUGUUUUUUUGACCUUGAUCUCCAGAUUUUAGUCUUUUUGGGGUUGAGACGUCUGCCAUGGAUUUCACAGGUUCAGAGCACUGGUCUCCUUUCAAUUAUAAAGAACACACAUAGAGCAUUUCUGUAACACUCCUGCUUUAGAAAUGGGGUACUUUUAGUCAUGUCUCCUUAACAACUUAGUACUAGCUAGAAUAGUGCUGUGCUGAGGCCUGGUUUAAUAACAGAGGUCACCAUACUUUGUAUUUUUUUGAUCCAAUCUCAUUAGCCUCCUCAAGAGGAGCUCCAAGCUGGUGAAGGAGAAGAGGCUGAAGAAGAAGAUUUUGUUUUAACGCUUAGAAAGUUUCCUAGGACUCCACAGCCUUGGAUAUCACUGGGAAGUGAAGUGGAAGUGGAGGAUGAAAAUGUGAUAGAAAACAGACCAAAGGUUAGAAGAUUAUUGACAAUGACAUUGUCAUUGCUGUGUGUACUUGUAGCGCUAUCUAAAAAUGAUUUCAUUGUGCUGUCAGUGCUCUGUAGUCUUAUUAAUGUCUGUCUCUCAAGAACAUGCUGACUGCUUCAUAAGCUUUUUUUGUGUGAUCUCGUUGACUACAUGUAGGUGAAGUUUAGGAUUUCAAGGAAAAGGCGUGAGUUUGGAGCUCCUGUUUUCUUAAGUGACCGCAAUGUAUCUGAUGCUAAAGAUGGCUUUGUGGAAUGCCCUUCAUUUGAUGAUGACAGUUAUGGACUUCUGAAGAAAGAGUUGGACAAAGGCAUACAGGUUUGUGAGAGCCCAAAGCAUACAUGUACUGAAUGACUAAAGUCAGUCAGGUGAAAAGCUCACAGAGGCAAGGUUGUCAAAAGUAGCCGGCUGCCGGUGAAAAUCGCCACCUACUUGGUUAGUUUCGGCCAGCUAAGUACUCUGCUUGGCAUUUCUUUAUGGAUGGCCUAUUUUUAAAUAAAAUAUCCCUGGACUGGCCGCUUACUUUGACAACUCAGCCGUCUACUUUAAAACUUUCUGACAACACUGAGAGGGUUAAAAUUAUUGGAGAGUGUAAUAACUAGGAACUGUGCUGUCUGCUUUUUUGUGCGAUAAAAGACUGUCGUGAGGCACCUUUGUUGAUUUAACAGAACUACAUCUUUUAACUCUGCAGUGCUGUCAGUUAACACAGUUUGCCAGAUUUUAUAACCUUGAAUAACUUUUCUCAAUCCUUUCUCUUUGGUAUUCAAAGUCUUUGGAUUUUCAAACAGCUUUUGUGCAUUCUGCUAAAACAGGGCAGUGAUUUUGCUAGAAAAAGUUAUAGUUAGUCUUGGGACUCAUCUUGUGAAAAAUCAUGAGUCCCAGUCUGCAACCAGUGAGUCCCAGUUAAAAAAACCAACGAGUUUGAAAUUGAAAAUGCUUGGGCCUUUAUGUAUCCAGACUGUUAAUUUGAAGACAGACUCUAAAACUCUGUAUUACAGUUUACUGAAAUUAAAAUAUAGUACUUGACUAUAAUUUUUAAAGUUCAACAAAGUGUAAAAGAUAUAUGCAUCAUUAUAAAACAAUAGCCAUAAACAACUUCCACAGAAAUUACACAAACAGGAUUUUUCUACAAACGCACAUGUUCAGAUUGAUACAUGUAGAUCGAUCAUUGCAUCCUACUGGACGCAUUUCAUGAAUUAUUUUGCAUUUUUGCAUCACAGGACACAGAGGUAACAAAAUCACUGACAGGGUAUAGCAAAGCUAAAAAGGGUUUUCCAUGACAUGUGAUAGGUCCCAAAUUAUUAGCAUGAUAUGUGAUCGGGCCCAAAUUAGCCGCUUGAGGUGUGAUUAGACAUAGCUGGGUGGUUUGUGAUUUACCAUAUUGACAACACGUGGUGCAUCAUUUUCCUUUUAGUGUUCUGGAUUUUCGAAUAUCAUUUGUAAAUAGAACCACAGACAUCAAAAACUACAGAUAUUCAUGACAUCAUUUUCUGGUCCUUUUUAUUGUCCCUCAACCUCUGAUCUCCUGUCAAAAUUGUAUUAUGACCCGGGGGAGGUACUUCAAUCACAUCAAUCGUGCAGGCUGACAGACUCACACACAUUUAAUUAUAAACUCUGUUCAGGACAGAGAGGGCAAAAACCAUACCCCAUUCAGCAGCACAUCCUUGUUUUGUCAUAUAAGGGAGCGCGUCCCCCCUCCCUCCCCCCAGGAUUAUGAUCUCUAUUCUCAGAUCAGUGAAUACCAGUUAAUAAUGGUUAGUAAAUUUCAGAAAACCCACUUUUGAGCAGUUAAAGUCAUUAAAUUAACUGUUAAUGUGCGAUCCUAUCCAAUGGACACUGAGAACAAUUUAUUAGUCAGAGCUGAUUCAUUCAAUGGAUUGAGAUAUUUGCCACAUUUACUUACCAUUUCGCCGUUUCCGAGAUGCUCCUAGUCUUUGUUUUAUAGUGAGGCUAAGUGUGAAGCUAUUGAUAUGAAAAUUAUUUUUUAUUCUCAUGCAAAUAAGCUUUUUUUCACAAGAAAGGUUUUGUUACUUACAGCCUUUUGAAAGCGAGAAAUUUUAGAACUCAGAAGUAGCCUAUUGCACACUUAAUUUACAUCAUGCAUAAUGGCCAAUUUUUUUCCCGUGAUGCAUGAUGGCUCAAAAAAAUUAGGCAUGAUGCAUAAUAGGUACCCCCUCCUUUGCCACCCUACAAAAAGGGUGCAAUGUCCUUUUGUACAUGAUGUUUACUAGACAUUAAAUGACAAGUUUCAAUUAAAUAAACCUGGUUUAUGUGCACAUUUAGUGUGCAUACCACAGGAAAGGAGUCUGAAUUGCAUUUGGCUGUUGGUGUCUUUCUUUGCAGGCUGUUCCAGUGUUAACUGACAUUGGAAAUCAAACAGAAUGGUAA